GCGAUGCCGCUGUCAGUGCCUGCGCCCAAUAACAGUUGCCAUGUUGCUUGUUGUGUAGGGUGUGCGACGCAUUUUCCGGCCGCGAAAUCUCACUCUUGUCCCGCUUCUCAGCCCCCGGCAGCCCCCUCGAGCCCCGGCGGUGUUGGCGGUCGCCGUCCCCGUCCCGUGCAGGCGUCCGCUCCGCCCCCGACGCGACCGCACACACGUGUCGCGUCCGUCCGAGGUGAACGUUCUCCGAAAAAGUGAACAAACUCUGUGUCUGUGCGAUGGUCCGGCGGCGGUGAUCGGGCCGGCGGCGGCGUGCACCGCACGCACAUUUGUUGUUAUUUGUGCUUUUGACCCUUGCCGAAGGUGCGACGUUCGCGGAGCAGUCCAUUUGGAGGGGAGUGCGCGUGGUCGCGAGUCGGCGGCGGCGAUGACGGCGGCGGCCGCGGGGGCCCGCCGCUGAGGCGCCCGCUCCGCCCCUGUGCUGCGGAGGCCGACCCUGCGCUGGCCUUGGGGCCGGAGGUGAGUGGCCCCGAGCACGCGGGAUUGUUUACCCGGUGACGACAUGUGCUGGCGGUGCUGCCCGGCGGCGGCGCUGGAAUGAGCUGCUGACGGCGGCGGCGGCAGCGAGGGCCCCCGGCCUUGUGCAUGGCGGACAGGGAGCCCAUGGCGUGGCGCAAGCACGAACAUCUCGUGCUCAUGGAUAAAAACAAACCCAAAAUGCCUGUAUCUAGUGGCAGCGGGGACACGCUGAGGCAGCGUCAUGUGCCUCUGUACGGGCGCCUGGUAGCGGAAGACCAACUCGGUAUGGGUCACAUGUCGAAUCCUCCCGCCGACAUCCAGGCGAUGCAGGCGCGAAUACCUCACACCUUCAGGGACUCGUCAGCGGCGCCGUUGCGGAAGCUCAGCGUGGACCUGAUCAAAACAUAUAAACACAUCAACGAGGUGUAUUACGCGAAAAAGAAACGAAGAGCGGCGCAACCCCAAGAAGAUACCUCCCAUAAAAAGGAGAGGAAACUGUACAAUGACGGUUACGACGACGACAAUCACGAUUACAUCGUGAAGAAUGGUGAAAAGUUCCUCGACCGAUACGAAAUCGACUCGCUUAUAGGCAAAGGCUCGUUCGGACAGGUCGUUAAGGCCUACGACCACGUGGAGCAGUGCCACGUGGCGAUCAAAAUCAUCAAGAACAAGAAACCCUUCCUCAACCAGGCCCAGAUCGAGGUGAAGUUGUUGGAGAUGAUGAAUAGGGCGGACGCCGAAAAUAAGUAUUAUAUAGUUAAAUUAAAGCGGCACUUCAUGUGGCGGAACCACCUGUGUCUGGUGUUCGAACUGCUCUCGUAUAACCUGUAUGAUCUGUUGAGGAACACGAACUUCCGCGGCGUCUCGUUGAAUCUCACAAGAAAGUUCGCCCAGCAACUGUGCACGGCCCUAUUGUUCCUUUCGACGCCCGAACUGAAUAUCAUCCACUGCGAUCUGAAGCCUGAGAAUAUUCUGUUGUGCAAUCCGAAACGUUCGGCAAUAAAAAUCGUCGAUUUUGGGAGUUCUUGCCAGCUAGGGCAGAGGAUAUACCAGUACAUCCAGUCGAGGUUUUAUAGGUCGCCGGAAGUAUUGUUGGGCAUACCGUACGAUUUAGCGAUAGACAUGUGGUCCUUGGGGUGCAUACUGGUGGAGAUGCACACGGGGGAGCCGCUAUUCAGUGGAGCGAACGAGGUCGAUCAAAUGAAUAAGAUAGUCGAGGUGUUGGGCAUGCCGCCGAAGAGUCUGUUGGAUCAAGCGAAUAAGACGAGGAAAUUUUUCGAGAAACUGCCAGGAGACGGGAGAUACGUACUCAAGAAGUCAAAGGACGGCAAGAAGUACAAGCUUCCAGGAACGCGGCGACUCCACGAUAUCCUCGGCGUGGAUACCGGCGGUCCCGGCGGCCGAAGGGCCGGCGAGCCGGGCCAUUCGACGGCUGAAUAUCUCAAGUUCAAGGAUCUGAUUUUACGCAUGCUUGAUUACGAUCCGAAAUCCAGGAUAACGUCGUACUACGCUCUCCAACAUAAUUUUUUUAAACGGACCACGGACGAGUGCACCUCAACGCCUAACAGUAACAGUUCGAGUCCGGCUGUGGCGUCGUUGGACAUGUCCAUCACGAAUAGUUCGAGUAGUCAACACGGGUUAAAUUUGGUGGGACGGUCGAGAGAGCUGUCGAGUCACAGCAGCUACCAGCAGCAGCAGCAGCAGCAGCAGCAGCAGAGCGGCGGCGGCUAUACGACGAUGGAGUGCGACCCGUCACCGUCGCGGCAUCCCCACAGGCAGCGCUACCACCAGGCCCCUAUGAUAAGCUACGGACCGACGUCUUUGCAGUACGCCCCGUACCCGGGGCCGAUGACCGACGGCAGCGCCCCCAAACACAACAGCAGUACAACGGCUAACGGACCUCAGCAGGCCAAGCAGAGCGACAGAGACGACAGUCCCAUGGUCGGCGUCUGCGUGCAGCAUAAUUCGGUCGCAAUACAUUGAACGACGCGGACUCGAGGGUUUUGUUUCUUCGAACAAUAUGUAGUCAUAAUUCGUUUUUCGUACGGUGUGAGGAGGAAGAAAGAGCGGGAUUCUAGUGAAUUGUGAUUGUUGGUUUUGUUUUUGGUUAAUUUUAGGUUUAAUGAGAUACUGUUAGCGAUCUUUACAGUGAUGAUGUGUGACUUACGUGCUUCGGUGGAUUCUGGGACUUUCGAGGACGAACGAACAACAGACUUGGGGCACUGACGCUCUGUUGUGACACGCGGAUCACCAAUCGAAUGUUUCUGUUCUGUGGCAGAUAGGGAGGCAAGAGAGGGUCACGAGAUUUAUUAGGAAUUAAGUUAAAAAUGAAGGAUAAAGUAAUUUAUGCCUAGUAUUUAAAUAUUAAUGAUUAAUUAUAGCGAGUAACCACAUAUGUAUACAUGUUUCCUAUGAUUUACCGUUAACUGUAUGAUAGUGGCUCUGGUCAUUCAACAGGGAUUCUUUCGUUACCGACUCGCAAAAGUGUUCGAAAAUGUAGCCUUAGAUCAUUUCAAGCACAACAGUAUUGAAACAAGUGAUUCCGCUCGCGUUUCAGAACAUACCUCAUUUUGUCAAAUUAGCAAUAUCGUGGAACUAAGUAGAAAAGAUUUAUGUAUUUUUUUAAACCAGGGCCAUACCAAUCCACUACCGCAAGUACAGUGGUAAAUGUGUUCAAAAUAUGAUACCAGUUUGUACAUGAGGCUCGAAAGUUGGCUAGUCAGAUCGAUUUUAUAAUUUGGCUAACGAUUGACAAAAAUUUUAGAACUGCGAGACAACUUUCGAGUUAUUUUGUAAAUACCUAACUUAAUGAAUAAUCACUAGACUUGUAUUUAUCGAUACACUUAUUUAUUUACGUCAUGUGCAGUUAUAAUCAUUCACGGUUUAGUUGACGGAAAAAAUGCAAUGAUUCUCAGCAAUGUAGAAAUUAUUGAUAGUGUAUAAAUUAUGCGAUCUAUGAAUUCCUAAUUUCUUUGUUAUUUAAAUAAAUUUACAUCAAAACGUCGCCUUUCAUUCUUACUCCUAGCUAGUAUUCCUGGAUCCUCAUCAAUUUGUUGUUGUUUUUUUUUAAUAAGUCACGAUUUUAUUUUUCAAAGUUCUGGUCCUAGGAACGCCCAAGGAGUAAGUGAUCGUUUGUAGACUGUGACGCGUUCAAACUAAGUUUUAUCAACUCCCGAAAAUUAUUUAUACUGUAUUCCAAAACUGAAGCCCCUUUUUAUUGAAUCCUGUACGAGUAUUUUCUUUUCUUGUGUGUGAGAGAGAGAGAGAGAGAGGUUCUUGUGAGUGAGGUUUGCGUUGUGUAUUCACUAAUUCAUUUAGUUAUACUUAAUUUUUGGGUGAGUUACAUUUUUUAAUAUUUACUAUUAAGCGUCUUGUAUAAGUAGAUAAUUUUGUUAAUAUAAAUUUUCAAGUACGAA